CUUGAUGGUACCCCAUGCGUUUCUGCCCUUCAAAUAUCAAAUACCCCACUUCAUAUUCACUCUUGUCUUAUUAUCUGUUUCUCUCUGAUUCCCAUCAGCUUAAUUGUUCUCAAGGACGUAGACUAGAGUAAAUCUUAAACUUGUGCAUGGAGAAUCUAUGUGAGGAUUUUUUUUACUAAGGGUUUGUCUCUACUCGGAUUGACCUGACUUAGGGUUAUUGAUUAAAAUCAUCACUGUAUAUAUCAUAGCAAUGGAGAAAGAAGAAAACUACUCGGCAAAUUUUACCGGGCUAGAUUAUUCUUUAGACCAUCACAGUCAUGACCAUCAUCAUCAUCAUCAUCAUCAAGACCAGCUAAUGAAGCAGCCACGGAUUGGUGAAACUUCUGGUGAUAACAACGGAAUGAUUGAUUAUAUGCUGAAUAAUCCUCAACAACAGCAACAGAUAUCUUCAUCUGGGUUUUGCAGUAGUACCCCAACGUCUUAUGAUAAACUGAGCUUCGCUGAUGUUAUGCAGUUUGCAGAUUUUGGUCCCAAAUUAGCGUUAAACCAAACAAGGAUCCCUGAAGAAGAAACUGGGAUUGACCCGGCUGGUUACUUUCUCAGGUUUCCAGUUUUAAACGACAGGUUAGAGGAUCAGUCGUUGAUGGUUCCUCCAUCUGGGAUUGAGAAUGUGGAGAAUAGAGCUGCAGGAAUAUUAGUGGAAGAAAAGGGGAAUAGAGAAGAUGAAGAAGCUAGGGUUUCAGAUAAUGCAUCAGUGCAACUUCGUUUUCUUGGAGAAGAUCAUGUUCAAAACAAAAACCCAACAACUGAAGCUAAGAACAAGAGAAAGAGACCAAGAACUAUCAAAACAAGUGAAGAAGUUGAGAGCCAGCGGAUGACCCACAUAGCUGUUGAAAGAAAUCGAAGGAAGCAAAUGAAUGAGCAUCUUCGAGUCUUGAGGUCCCUCAUGCCAGGCUCGUACGUUCAAAGGGGAGAUCAAGCCUCAAUUAUUGGUGGAGCCAUAGAAUUUGUGAGAGAAUUAGAGCAACUUCUUCAAUGCCUGGAAUCUCAGAAACGAAGAAGAUUGUAUGGAGAAGCUUCAUCACGGCCAAUGGGAGAUACCUCCAUGGCAAUUCAACAGCAACAACAACCGUUCUUUCCAGCUCCUAUGUCUCUCCCGAAUGAUCAAAUCAAGCUUGUGGACUUCGACACCGGACUCCGAGAAGAAACAGCUGAAAACAAAUCUUGCUUGGCAGAUGUUGAAGUCAAGCUUUUAGGGUUUGAUGCUAUGAUUAAGAUCCUGUCUAGGAGAAGGCCAGGCCAACUCAUUAAAACCAUAGCUGCUCUUGAAGAUUUGCAGCUUAAUAUCCUUCACACCAACAUCACCACCAUUGAGCAAACAGUUCUAUAUUCAUUUAAUGUUAAGGUUGCAAGUGAAGCUAGGUUCAGCGCAGAAGAUAUUGCGAGCUCGGUUCAACAAAUAUUCACUUUCAUUCAAGCAAACGGCAGCAUGUAAUGUAAUGGGGAAUCCAGGUUGAGGGAAAAUAUUGAGCUGCCUUGUCCAGUCGAAGAUACCCACAUUUGGCUCUUUCCAAUAACCUUUUUCAAUGGAUAUUUUGAAUUUGUCAUGGAAACAUAUAAUAGUGGUAGUGUCAGUGAGCCCAGAUGCACUCUCUGUGAUCAGCAAACUUUCUCCAUAUACUUGUAUUUGAUAUUUUUCCCUGUAAGAG